AUGAAGUCCCUACUGUUCACCCUUGCAGUUUUUAUGCUCCUGGCCCAGUUGGUCUCAGGUAAUUGGUAUGUGAAAAAGUGUCUAAACGACGUUGGAAUUUGCAAGAAGAAGUGCAAACCUGAAGAGCUGCAUGUAAAGAAUGGUCGGGCAAUGUGCGCAAACAAAGGGACUGCUGUGUUCCAGCUGACAAACGUGCUAAUUAUCCUGCUUUCUGUGUCCAAACAAAGACUACAAGAACUUCAACAGUAA